GCGCGCCAGCAUGGACCGUAACCCAUCGCCUCCACCGCCUACCUGUGAUCAGGAGGAAGAGGAGGACCUGGCCGGGGGCGACUGCAUCGGGAGUACCGUCUACAGCAAACACUGGCUCUUUGGCGUCCUCAGCGGGCUCAUCCAGAUUGUCACACCUGAACGUGCCACGCCCGGCUCAGAUGAUGAGGAACAGGAGGUGGAGCUUGCUGAAGAAAUGGAGAAUGAAAUUUGCAGAGUCUGGGAUAUGUCCAUGGAUGAGGAUGUGGCUUUAUUUCUCCAAGAAUUUAAGGCUCCUGACAUAUUCAUGGGCGUCCUGGCCAAAUCCAGGUGUCCCCGGCUAAGAGAAAUCUGUGUGGGGAUUUUGGGGAAUAUGGCUUGUUUCCAGGAGAUAUGUGCGUCCAUCAGCAACUGCGAGGACCAAGGGCAGGUGAUACUGCAGUGUCUGUGCGACUCAGACCCACCUACUCUGCUGGAAACCAGCAGGUUGUUGCUUACUUGCCUUUCCCAGGCAGAAGUGGCCAGUGUCUGGGUUGAAAGGAUCCGGGAACACCCGUCUAUUUACGCUAGCAUUUGCUUCAUCAUGUCAAGUUCAACGAACGCUGACCUGCUGGUGAAGGUGGGGGAGGUCGUGGACAAGCUCUUUGACCUAGACGAGAGACUCAUGCUGGAGUGGAUAAGAAACGGCGCCGCGCGGCUUCCGGAUCCACCCCAGGAGGACUCUGAAGGGCAGCCGGUGUUUUCAAUUGUACCCUGUGUACUGGAAGCUGCCAAACAAGUGCGGUCUGAAAACCCGGACGGGCUGGAUGUUUACAUGCACAUCCUACAGCUGCUCACCACGGUGGACGACGGGAUCCAAGCGAUUGUACAGUGUCCUGAUACUGGAAAAGACACAUGGAACUUACUUUUUGACCUGGUGUGCCAUGACUUCUGCCAACCCGAUGACCCGCCCAUCAUACUGCAGGAGCAGAAGACAGUGCUGGCCUCUGUCUUCUCAGUGCUGUCCGCCCUCAGUGCCUCAGGGGCCGCACAGGAGCGCCUGAAGGCAGAAGAAGGGGAUCUUCCUCUGAUUGACAGCCUAAUUCGGGUGUUACAAAAUAUGGAACAUUGUCAGAAGAAAUCAGAAAACUGCACAGACUCUGACACGGAGGAGCCUACAAACGGUGGUUCCCCCCAAGAUGACUUCCAUCUGAAGAUCUUAAAGGACGUUUCCUGUGAAUUCCUCGCUAAUAUUUUUCAGGUGUUAACAAAGGAAACCGUGGCUCAGGGACUGAAGGAGGGCCAGUUAAGCAAACAGAAGUGUACCUGUGCGUUUCAGAGCCUCCUGCCCCUCUACAGCCCUGUGGUAGAAGACUUCCUUAAAGUCCUACGCGAGGUCGAUAACGCUCUUGCUGAGGCCCUGGAAGACAGUUUCCCAAGUGUGAAGGCACGGACUUAAAACCCAAGUUGGAGUUUCUGCUGUCCAAGGAAUAAACUUUGUGUUUUCUGUUAUUUUGAAGUUGGCCUUUGGAAGAUAAGUUCAGACUA